AAGGCUGCAUUUCUCACCUCAACCAUCCCCUUUUCUCACCCUGGCUGCUCCGUGUUGAUUACGGCUAAAGCGUUGGAGAGAAAGAGACUCUCUACGACUCUGCUUGGCGCAGACUAGGUCUCAACAUGGCGGCACCACAAUCGCAACCAGCUGCGCGCAGCGGCAUGUCGCUAUAUGCAAACCUGCUUGAUUCAGGCGAGAAUGACGACUCUGCCUCGCGCGAUUCGUCGCUGCUUAAAGAUGAGGGCAAGGACGACGGGCCAGCGAAGAAGCCCAUAGAUCCUGCUCUCCGGUUCCAACCCAUCCGGCGGCCGCAAGCCAAGCAACCCAACAAGCCGAAGCCAACCUUCCCCAAGGCGCCUCCCGCUAUCCCUGCCCCGGCACCCGCACAACCUCGCAGCACUCUCGCCGACUGGGCCGCUACCGAAGAGGAUGAGUAUCUCUACGCUGCAGGCGAGAAGCGGCAGCGCGGCGGGCGCAGGAAGAAAAAGAAGAAGGGCAAAGACGACCCUAUUGAGACCAACUGGGACGAGAUAUACGACCCGGCACGGCCCACGAACGUGGAAGAGUACCUUCACAGCGAGGAGCGCAUACAGGAGGUGCAGGAGUGGAAAGCAGCCCUGUACGCCCACCGCCGGCAGCGGAGGAGAUCUAGCUACGGCAGCGACACACGCAGCGACGAGGAAGAGGAGAGAGGGCGGCCAAGGAACCAAUUCGCCCAUCCAGCGUCCCUCAAUUUCGCGCCGCCGCCUCUCUCACCACCACCCCGCGCGCCGGCCGUGCCUGUCCCAGACGACGCAACCGGCGACGAUGCAUAUGCCCGCCGCAUGGCAUUGUCAGGCAUGGCACCAGCUCCAGCACCAGAACCAGCAGCAUCACCCAGCCCGCCACCCCCGCCUCCACCCCCGCCGCCGCCCCCUCCCCCUGACUCCGGACCAGCACCUCGCCCCACACAAGGAGACACCCCAGGCGUGACCAUCUCCCGCGCACCGGUCCGCUACGAACAGCAACAACCCGCAGAACCACCCGGCCCAAUGGAUCUCGACAACAACGUCGAGGCCGACGACGAUGAAGACGACGACGACGACGACGAAGUAGAUUACUCCUCCAUCCCGCUCGCCCCGGCCUCUUCCACCACCAACAACCCCUCCGAAGGAGGCCCUCCACAGCAAGACGAAGACGGCAACGGCAACAGACGACCCGGCAAACCGGGCUUCGCUGCACGUCUUAUGGCCAAGUACGGAUGGACCAAAGGCUCUGGGCUCGGCGCAUCCUCGUCCGGGAUUACCUCCGCUCUCCGUGUUCAGGUUGACAAAACCAAAAAACGCCGUCGCCGGCCCGACGCCGAGGGCGGGGGGUUCGUGGACCCGCCGCCGCCGGCCGGCGGGCGCGUCGGGCGCAUCAUUGCACCCAAGCAGCUGACCAAGGGGUCCGCAACGGGUGGUGGAGGGGAUGGGGAAGAGAAUAAUAAUGAGGGGUUUGGCAAGACCAGCCAGGUGAUUGUUCUCCGCCACAUGCUGGAUAACAUGCCCGACCUGGAGGCUGAGAUCGAGGCUGGCCUGGGCCAGGAGAUUGGCGAGGAGUGCGGGGACCGGUAUGGGCGGGUUGAGAGGCUGUUUAUUGAUGUUGCGGGAAGAAGGGUGUUUAUCAAGUUUACUGACGGGGUUUCGGCUUUACGGGCCGUGAACGCGCUGGAAGGGAGGAUCUUCAACGGCAACGCCAUCGCGGCGAGGUUCUAUGACGCCGACAAGUUUGAGGAGGGGAUCUAUGAUGCGUGA